UGUUGGCAUGCUUUUUUCCCCUCUCCCUUCUUCUCAGGGGUAUCAUUUGGAUCCUUCAUCAUCCUCUGUGUGGGGGGACUAAUUAGCCAGGCCUUGGGCUGGCCUUUUAUCUUCUAUAUUUUUGGUAGCACUGGCUGUGUCUGCUGUCUCCUGUGGUUCACAGUGAUCUAUGAUGACCCUAUGCAUCACCCGUGCAUUAGUUCCAGGGAACAGAAACAUAUCACAUCUUCUCUAGCUCAACAGCCCAGUUCUCCUAGACGAUCUGUCCCAAUAAAGGCUAUGGUCAGAUGCCUACCACUUUGGGCCAUUUUCAUGGGAUUUUUCAGCCAUUUCUGGUUAUGCACCAUCAUUCUAACAUACCUCCCAACGUACAUCAGCUCUGUGCUACAUGUUAACAUUAAAGAUAAUGGGGUUCUGUCCUCCCUGCCUUUUAUUGCUGCCUCAAGCUGUACAAUUCUAGGAGGUCAGUUGGCAGAUUUCCUUCUGUCCCGGAAUCUUCUCAGAUUAAUCACCGUGCGAAAACUUUUUUCAUCCCUAGGGCUCCUCCUUCCAUCGCUGUGUGCCAUGGCCCUGCCCUUUGUGGCUUCGAGUAACAUUACAACCAUUAUUUUGCUGAUACUUAUUCCUGGAACCAGCAACCUGUGUGACUCAGGGUUUAUCAUCAACACCUUAGAUAUUGCCCCCAGAUAUUCAAGUUUCCUUAUGGGAAUCUCAAGGGGAUUUGGACUCAUUGCAGGAAUCAUCUCAGCCACUGCUACUGGAUUCAUUAUCAGUCAGAAUGCUGCCUCUGGAUGGAAGAAUGUCUUUUUCCUGUCAGCUGCUGUCAACAUGUUUGGCCUGGUCUUUUACCUCAUGUUUGGACAAGCGAAAAUCCAGGGCUGGGCCGAAGAGGAGCACCUCACCCGCCUAUGAAGAUAUUACACGCUAAACUGAUGGGCAGAACUGACCAUUAACUUUCAGCAAUUUUUCCCCCCACUAUGACAAUUGCCAAUUUUUGGUUACAGAAUUGUCCAUAGAUCCAGAAGUCCUCAACUUUGCUUUUGUGUUCGAUUUCUCUAAAAUAUACUGAGGCAUAGUCCCACGCCAGAGAUUAUGACUGAAUUGCUUUGGGAUGGGAUCUAAUAACAUGAAAUUUUAGGAUUUCUAAAAUGCUGCCAAAGUUGGGAACCACUGGACAGACUUGAAAAGUCAAGUCCUGUUUCUUUUGAGUUUUCCUCUUUAGAAAUAAGAUGAACAAAAUCUAUGUGAACAUCAUUCUAGGGAUGGCUAUAGACACACAAAGGCAGUCGGCCACAUGUCGUUGAACUCAGAAAAGAAAUUUAAGGCUAAAUUCCAUGUAACUGGCAUGUCAAGACCUGAUUUCUUGAAAACAUGUGGGGAGACUUGGGUGUUUAUUUCUGUGAUCAACUUGUAUAAUAAUUGACAUACAAAAAUUAAACACACUUUUCAAAUCAAGGCACCCUGAAAAUACAGUGGGUCAAGUAUUGGGCUCCCAAUUGCAAGCUGAUGGUUCAAACCCAGCAGGGACUCCAUGUGAAACAGAUGAGGCAGUCUGAUUCUGUAAGGACUUACAGGAUCAGACACCUUAUGAAACAGUUCCACUCUGUCCUGCAGGGUCACUAUAAUUUGGAGUCAACCCAGUGGCAGCACACGUAGGCUUUUCACAUUAUUUAGGUUAGAAUUAUUUCCACUAGGCAACGCACAUAUUUGCUGGUUUUAGCUAAAUUCCAGAAAAUUAAUAGCAUAAAAUGACUAGGAACUGAAUGAGAACAACUAGAAAACAGACAGAAUAGCACAAAAUUGUAGGGAAAGUAAAACUGAAACGGACUUGGAGUCUUUUGUGAUAAACAAGCCCAUCACAAACAACCAAUCGACAAUUGGAAAGCUUGCAUGCUAAAAAAAAUAUGCAUGUGAUAGGAGGAAAUGUAGACACUUCCAGAAGGGAUUGUGAGAUAGUUUACACCGUGCAAUAAAGAAGGGAGAGCUAUGGCAGCAAGACGUUCAAGUCAAAUGGAUAUUUAGAUAGGGGAGAUGAAUACUGAAGUGUGAAGAGCAUGCAAUACCACCUAAGAAGUCGUCGCACGUAUCUGAGGAGUUCCCUUGAAGAGUAUGGGGAAGUGAAAUCACGUGGUAUCGCUCUUCAAACCAUAGUCUUUGUAAGGAACCUGUAGGUAAGCGUAAAAGACUCUCACUUGGCGUUUAGUAAGUUUCACCAGUCUGUCUAAUGUCAAAGUCAGAAGCAGGUGGAAGGCAUCCCAGGACCAGCAGAAAGAAAAGCUACCAGCAGAUCAAAGCCAAGAUCCCUGGCUGAGAGGUGGAAGCAACAGAGGCUGCAGUGCCCAGACCAUGAGACAGAAUAAAAGGGCAAUGCCAAGACUGAGACAGGGCAGCAGGCUUCCUGGCCCCCAGAAUGAGGAAAGCUGAGUGUCUUUGGGCAGGAGACUGGCUUGCAGGGUGCAAUCCUGUGGCUAUUUAUCAGCCCGAUCAGAGCUUGGUAAUAUUGCCUGAGUAGGGCAGAGGUCAAGGGAUGGCACCACUGAGAGGCUAAGGACCAGAGAGAAGCGUGUCUGCUAAGAUGGCCGAGAAGAGGUCCUGCAGACCCAAGAACACAUACCAAAUUACAAAAUGUCCUUAAUAUUUUGUAACCCGUUAGCUUCCCUAAUAAAUCCCAUGAUUUUUGAGUA